CGACAUUUAUGUGAAGUGGAAAAAUAUACCCUAUUUGAGAUGGGGGAAGUCCCUUCGAGGAAAUCCCCUCUUCAUAAAAUAAUUUCGAAAUUGAGUGUGGCUCUUACACAGCUCUACGUCUUUAGUGUACAGCAGACGCAUGUGUUGACGCUCAAACCUUUUUUACAACGUAUGGGAAAAUAGUACUUUAUGUGCGGCGGUUAUUUUUUGUUUUAAUGCAAGAGCGGAUUAUUCGGUAUGGAUGAAAUAAAGCGGGAGAACGAGGCGCUGAGGGCGAAGUUACGCAGCUGCUCUAAACUCAACACCUUUUAUCACGAAACACAACAAGAAAUUACCCAUUUAAAUCAGAUGGUUUCCUCCAAAAAUGGAAUUAUUGCCGAUUUGAGGGCAAGACUGGCAAAGUAUGAGAAAACUGUGGUUAUAGAUGGAGAAGAACCGUAUAUUGUUGGACCGUCGAAAUCUCUUAUCGAGAGUUUGUGUAAGGAAAUUUGCAAAUUUCAGCAAAAACUCAAGGAUUCAGAGGCGGACGCCGCCCAGAAACAGGAAACCAGUAACACAGAGAUCCAGAGAUUGCAAGAAAAGUUAAAGGAGAAGGGUCAAGAGCUGGAGACGAUCAGGAAGAGACCCGAACAGGAGAAAGAGAGGGAGAUCCAGCUACUGCGCUCCACCCUGGCCGACAGGGACAGGGCACAGGCCACCAGGGCAGUCCUCUGCAACUCUCUUGCUGAAGAAGCCACGCAGUUGAGGACCCAGCUGGGGGCCACAGUGCAGGUGUGCCAGGAGCUUUUGAGUCGGUUGGAGAAAGAGAAAAGCAAGACUGUCACGACGGAUCAGAGAGCUCAGGUUCAUGAGGCAACAGAUUCCUCAGAGGUUUCCCAUCUAAAUGUCAUUAUCAGCAAGUUGCAAGAGGAGAAUGACCAGCUAAAAAAGAGAGUUGCCUAUGUGGAAAAUUUAAACUCAAAGUGGCAGAAGUAUGACUCCACUAGAGAGGAGUACGUGAGGGGGUUGUGUCAGAAGUUGAAAGAAUCCAAUGGCCUGGCAUCUGCAGGUCCCACCAUGACCCAGACACCAACAGUGGGCAGCGCGGCUCUGAUCCAGCAGGAGAUAGCACAACUAAAUGGCAUUCUGGAGGAGAAGAUGAUUGAAUGUGAGAGACUCAGAAGAGAGAGGGAUGACAAUUCAAGAAGAGACCAGGAGCGCAUUCAGAUGCUUGAGCAACAGGUGCUGGCCUAUAUUGAGGACUUUAAAUCGGAGAGAGCAGACAGAGAGAGGGCUCAAGGAAAAAUUCUGGACCUUCAAGACCAAGUUGGGCGACUCCAGUUGCAAAUCCGCACACAGAGCAUCCAAGAAGCUUCUUCCUCACGACGACUCCAAAUGGGCUUAAAAAAAGCUCCCCACCGACAGACCAACACUGCCGAACCUCUAAGGAACAGUCCCCCAGAAACAAGCUCAAAAAGAAUUAUCAGUAACUCGGCUCCGCAGGGAGCCGCUGAACUGCAGUGCCCUCGUUGUCUUACUACGUACGAUGACGAACACACGACCGAAUACCUAAACCACUGGGACGAGUGUGCCAAGCUGUGAGUCUCUGACACCUCACUGACUUUUUACAGGGCACAACAAGCACUGAGGAUUGAAUCACUACAAACUCACUGACUAUGGAGUGUGUGGCAGAAAGGGUCUUGAUGAAGGCAGAGGCAUGUUGAAACAGGAUGGAUUCGGAGGAAAAGCUUUGUUUCAUUUCAUUGAUUCUUUUUUAUUUCUGAUGUUAAGUCUGGUUGUGGCACAGUGCUCAUGAUAUGACUUAGAGUUGGUCAUUCCUAGUUCAAGGUCAUUGAAUGCAAAUGGUUUGUUUGUUAAUUAAUGAUUAUUGCUAAAUUCAAUCUCAAACUGCUCACAUCAGAAUGGCGAGCAUGUAUGGUUAAUAAGUUGGUGAGUUUCCCCAUUUGUUUGGUGUCACAAUUUGUCUAAGAGUCUUUUGUUUGCGUUAAAUCAAAUUUUUGCUUAAUACUGUAUGGCAGGUCUGUGUAAAAUCCAAACGGAUGCUAAAAUUGGUAUCAUAUACCUCAUUGAUAUGUAUUCGGUUUAUCAACUGGUUUGCACUUUUUGCUGUUUUAAUUAUUGCCAAAUUCAAAUGAUAAAAGCACAUACCUAUUAUAUUUAAUACAUAAGCUUCUUUAUUAGUAAACUUUAAAAUAUCAUUUAUACAGUUUAUUGUCAUGGUGCUAAUUGUAAUGUAAUGUUCGUUUAUAUUUCUUUCUCUUGUUAUUUGUAGGCUGGAUAUAUUGUUAUUAUUUGUCUUGGGUUUGAAUUAAUAUUAAAUAAUUAUUAAUUUUUACCAGGAAAUACAGAGCAGCACACACUAUUAAUAAUCUGUUGAUUUCUGAUCUAUUAAUUUUAUAUUAUAUAUAUAUUUUUUUAUGAUAAUAAAUAUGUUAUUACAAAUAAUAUUCUAAAUGGUUCAACAUGUGAUUGCUUUCUCAGACUUCAAGGCACCUUUUGACUGUAAGGUACUUGUCAAAAAUACCCUCCCCCUCUCUGCAGUUGAAAACAUUCUAGUUUUAAGUAUGAGAGGAAGUUCCC